UCUGCAUAUAUGUCCUCAUUAGAGAAUGUCCUUUAUUUCCAAGCUGGACUAGGAGUCUUAGCCAAUAUGUUUCUUCUUCUUUUCUGUAUUUUCAUAAUCCUACAUCAAAGACACAAGCUUAUUGACCUAAUCUCCUUUCAGUUGACAUUUGUUCACAUAAUGUUUUUUCUCACUGGAGGAAAUAUUUGGCUUGCAGACAUAUUUGAGUCGCUAAACAUUAAGAAUGAAAUCAAAUGUAAGGCAACAUUUUACAUAAGCAGAGUGAUGAGAGGCCUCUCUAUCUGUGUCACCUGCCUCCUGAGUGUAUUGCAGACUGUGACAAUCAGUCCAAGUACCUCUUUGCUGGCAAAAUUUAAACAGAAAGUUAAAAAAUACAUGAUCAAUGCUUUCUUUUAUAUUUGGCUUUUCAAUUUGUCUGUUAGUAGUGACAUUCUAUUCUAUGUUGGUGGUUUUACCAAUGUGAGUGAGACCAAGCAGGUGAAGGUCACUAAAUCCUGCUCACUCUUCCCCAUGAACUACAUCAUCAGGGGAUUAAUUUUUACACUGUCAAUCUCCAGAGAUGUGUUUCUUGUAGCAGUCAUGUUGACCACAAGUGUGUACAUGGUGAAUAUCUUGCACAGACAUCAGAAGCAAUGCAAGCAUCUUCAUAGCAUCAGAAACCUGAGAGCAUCCCCUGAGAAAAAGGCCACACAGACCAUCUUGCUGCUGGUAGUUUUCUUUGUGGUCAUGUAUUGGGUGGACUUUAUCAUCUCAUUCACCUCAAUCCUGUUAUGGACCUAUGACCCAGUCUUCCUGACUGCUCAAAAGUUUGUGAUGAAUGUCUAUCCCACAAUUACUCCUUUGGUACAAAUAAUUUCUGAUAAGAGGAUAAUCAGUUUUCUGAAAAACUUGCAGUCAAAGUGCUACUAG